AUGGAGAAUUCAUCGUGCGCUGCAGCAUGCCAUUUUUUGGUUCUCCAAGAGGCAUGUGGUAUCAACCUCUUCCUCAAAUUCCUCGCUUGGUCCGUCUCAGUGUUGCAGAUUCUCCUCCCCUGCUCAUGCAAAUCCUGCAACUGCAACUGCAACUGCAACUGCAACCAUAGCUCUGCUGAGAAGGUGACACAGACACCGGUUAUUACCACAGACAAAGAAGAAAUAGAGAGAAGGAAUAAAGAUCAAGACGAUGAGAAGGCGCUGACACAAGAAGAUAUCAAGACGGUAAUGAGAAACAUAGGUUUUAAUUUGGAUCAAGAGAACAACAUGGCCAUUGGCAAUGAUUCUAUAGCUCGGAUUUUCGAUGACGACGAGCCGAGCUUGCAGGAGGUACAGCAGGCAUUCUUGGUGUUUGAUCACAACAACAAUGGGUACUUCGACGCGUUGGAUUUGCAGCGAGUGCUCAAGAGUCUAGGACUAGGGGAAGGUGUAGGGGUGGAUGAGUGCGAGCAGAUGAUCGCCAAGUAUGACACGAACAAGGACGGGAGAAUAGAUGUUGCAGAGUUUACCAAGGUUUUGGAGUCUGGCAUUUGCUAA